GAGCAGACAUGGGAUGUCUUGAAAAAGCUUCUGUCAUUGAUAACUAAAGAAUCUCAGCGGAACAUAAAGAACAGUGAUGUCUCAGAUACAAAACUGGGAGACAGAGGCAUGAAGAAAGUUCAGGUUAAAGUAAAAAACUUAGUGAAACACCUGCAGGUACUUGGAGUCUUGCCUAAGAAGGGUUUCCUCCCUUUCUUUGGCACAAACCCCCUGGGUAGAAGCCGGCCAUCACAGUUCCUUUACAACAUUUCUAUGCAAUUGCAGAACUAUGAGGGACAAGGAGAGGAGUUUUGGGAAAACUUUCUUUCAAAUCUAUUCCAGUUGGAAGGAAGAGAGGAGAAGCUCCCACCAGCUCCUGUUCUAAAGCUGAAAGAUUUUUUAAUUUCACUGAGAGGCAGUAGGAACUGGGACAGCCUUCUUAGCUUAAUCCAGAAACUCUUGAGUCUUUUCAGUAAAGAUCAGUCAGCAGUUUGGCUCAUCAGACAAAACUGGGAACUUGUGGUUGGUGUGGUUGAGACUAUAUUCAAAGCUUUAAUGAGUGAGACCUACAGCCAAGCCGUUAUUGCGAUUCAGAAUAUAGUCUGUACACUGUCUGGCCAUAGUGACUGUAGGUUUACUGUAGACCAGUUUCAACAACUACUCAAACUGUUUGAGACUAGGAACUGGAAACCUGUGAUUAAUGUCCAGUCUGGAAAUUCUUUUCAUGGCCAUGGAAGGUUAAGACCACUAAACAUGCUAUCUGGAACCUUUAAAGGCAACUCUUCUAAUCUUACAAGGCUCAGCUCAGGCAUGAGCUCUCAUAAUGUUCAAAGCCUUCUUCAAAUACUCUACAGGACAAACAAGAGAGACAGUGGUAUACGGGAGUUGGGAUCUGUGCAGAUAUAUGAUGACAUCCUUUGGGAUGGCCUAGCAGAGCUCCGACAAGGACUACUAAAAACAAUUAGAUCCUCUGUGUAUGCAAAUGUUAAAAAGAAGGUUUCUCGGAUGACUGGUUCACUGGUUGAUGAGGUAUCAUCUGUCAUUGGUAUUCCUCAAGCAGACAUUGAUGGUAGAUGUUCAGCUGGUGAUUUACGUCAGUUGCUUCUAUGGGGAAUCAAAAACAAUGUAACAUGGAAUGUCCAUAGUCUUGGAUUCAAUUCACAUGAUGUUCUCAUGGAAUCUCCUUCUCUGCCUUGUAUGCAAACCAGUAAAGACACUAUGUCAGGCAGUCAAAACUCACAUAAAUUAGCAAAGAGAUCAGAAGAUACAGAAGAGAACCUUUUAUUUGGAGAUGUCUUAGAGGCUGCAUGUAAUGAUACCAUCCCAGGUCUUCCUGGAGUUUCAAAUUUUACUGUUUUUCUCUAUUGUAAUCUGUUUGUUAGUCCGUCUGAGCCCAGACAGGCAGUCACCGAUCUCCAGUCCACCUGCUCAGAUGCUGCCUGGUACCUGUCUGCUGUUGAGGAGGACACAUUGUGGGUUAAGGUGUGUAGUGAGUACUUUCCAAUAGAGUUCAAUGAAACAGUCUGUGGUAACACCACAUUUGAGACUGUACAUGGUUAUGGUCAACCCUUGAUAAGUGAUCUCUGUUCCCAUUUACCUCAUGGUACUGAUGCACCCAGUACAAGUCAUAGCAAUUGUACUGAACUAUUACAUAGUGCCAAUAUCAGCCAGGAGGACAUUUGGAGUUGCUUUCUCAAGAAUGAUUCCAUUUUGAUCAAGAGCCUCUGCAAUGCAACUUUCAGACAGACCAUUACUGGUGACGUGGCAUGGAUUUCUGCAGUAUGUGAUCGACAUGACAUUGGUAUGGACAAGAAGAAUCGCUCUGUCAAGAAGGUCCUUGAGGCCUGCAAUUACAAAGUUUGGAGCCAAAGAAUGCUGUAUAAUACCAGUUUGGUUGAAUCAUGUAUAGGAACUGAGGAAGAGAGUUUAGUGGAGCAUUUAUGCAAAAAUAUCUCUAGUUAUCAGUUAUUAGCAUCCUAUCCCUGGCUAGUAAUUUAUUGUGCAAGAACCCCCAGCAACAAUUCUGAAAAUGCAAAAUGUGUCCUUCAGAUGCUCGUGGAGAUGUUCCCUAUUCCUGGUGAUUUUGACUCUUCCCAGCUCUGCAGAGGUCCUGCUACCUACCUCUUGGAAACUGUUUCUCAGCUUAAGUACUGUGAGCAUGAACCCCACAACUGGAUUCGGAGUGUUAACUACAUUCUUAGGGCGCUGGACUUCAUGUUGAAUUUGUCCAGUUUAGAAGAAAAUGGGAAGGAGAUAAAACAUGUUCUAAGUGAAGCCAUCCUUCUGUCCAGCCUCUCCGACAACUCUUCCUUUUGGACUUACAUAACACCCAGUUCCUCAGUCAGCAUUCUGGAAACAAUUGGCACUUACCUGGAACAUGAGCAAAACAUGUCUUUCAAGAAGGAUUUUCUUAACUGCUUUAGUCCAGUUCUUUGGGAUUUGCUACAGAAUGAUGACUCUCCUGCUCUUAGAGUUCUUUUUCAGGCUUUCCUUAACUAG